AUGAAUGAAAUGCAAUAUUUUAAAAAGCCAUGGACUUUAUGUACAGAUAUAUCGACCGUGAUUGUGUUAUGCAGCAUAUUAAUCAGGGUUUUGUCAAUCUGGUACGUGGUUGGUGGCUUCAUCUUAAAGUUCGACGAGCCCUUGCUCAGUGUGGAUGGUAUUGCUUUCCUUAACAACGUAUUUUUGGGAUCCCUGCCUCUUGGAUCGUUCAUCAACGGUCUUGUUCUGUCUCUGCUUCCAUCUAUCAUCAUACAUACAGUUAAUGCAGCUGUCACAUUCUUUGGUAUUUGUCGGAAGAUGAAAGGCUGUUUGAUUGCCAGUGCCACAAUAAACAUUCUUAUGAUAAUAUACCAUUUCCUUACCAUCGUAUUGACAUCCUGGCUAAUUGAUGAGAUGGAGUCUAGCAUUUAUCGACAGUUAAAGAGGACAUUUGACAUAAGAUCGGACAAAUAUAUACCAGAGAUGAACUGUUGUGGGUUUGACAUUGACCGUACUCCCUGUGUCACAGUCCCUACCUCACUUCCGCCUUGCUUUGAUUACAUUAAGGAGAAAUUAAAGGCAUACGGAGGUUCCUUUAUUGCUGUUCUUGUCGCUAAUAUUUUAGUUUCUGCAGUUAUGGUAAUAGGAACAGAGUAUCUUUUUCGAUAUGAACAAGUGAAAUCAAAACAAAGUCAGGACUCUAAUCUCAGGAAUAUAAUAGAGAAAUCUGAACUGUACAAUAGCAGAAAUGGAAUGUACGCUAAGAUCAGCUCAUUUCUGAAGGGAAGCUGGGAAAGAAAUAUACUAGCUUCAAAAUUUGGAUACCUCAGCGUUAUUGUAAUAAUGUUGGAUGGAGGAAUAAUUCUGGCUAUAAUAUUUGUUAGAUAUAACCUUUACGACCUGACAAUGUCAGAAGAAUUUAGCUCUAUAUAUGCGUAUGGAAAAGUUUAUAUCAACAUGGGAUACCUCAAAGAUGCACUUCUAAUUACAUUUAUAUGUCUUCUCAUUUGGUCGAUCGUAGCAAAGGUGUUUUAUUUCACUGGAAUAUAUCUUAACAAGAAAUGUUUGCUAGCUGCUUUCAUGUGUUCCGAAAUUCUUGUGCUGGCAGUAGAGUGUAUCAUUUUUGCGCUUGCUUCGUAUCUUCUGCGAGUUCUGUAUUGCUGUGAUUGGAAUCGAACUGGUCUAGAUAGCUGUCCCUUUUCGUAUGGAUUCACCACACCUUUACCGAUAUGUGACCGAUCUUGGACAAACGCUGCAAAAUUCACUUGGUUUUCAAUUUGGAUUCUUAUCCUUCACAUUUUUCUUAAGAUAUUUUAUAUAGCAAGAGCAGACAAUGUUUACAAACACACGAUGACCAAAGCUGACAUAUUAGAAAGAAAAACUGUAGUUCAGAAAAGUGGAUUCUUCUACAAUGUUUAUCUAUCAUCGAAAAGGCAUCCCUUGACAGCAGCUGUAAUUGGGGUAUCAAUCCUCAUAUGCAUUAUUAGCUGUGUUUUCUUCUCUGGACUUGUAGUCGUACGAUAUGGGAAGCCUUCGUACAGUCUCCUGACGGAUAGUUUACAUGCCAUUCGUCUAGGAUCGCUAGAUAUGUCAGCUAACAGAGACAAUGCUAUUCUCAUAAGCGUUGUUUCACUUUCUGUUUUGUUUUGUCUUCAAUGUGGAAAAUUUAUUUCCAUUGGAUUGAUGAAACCAAAGGUUACUUUACUGAUCCUCUGGUCAGAAUUACCCCUAUUUAUUUUACAUCUCUGCUCCGCUGCAAUGACCAUCAUACUGUUAAAACUGGUUCACUGCUGCUCUGACGACACUGAUUGUUUAUUUUCAGUCAAUAGCAUCAACUCUCUGAUAUCUUCUACAGAAUUUUGUGACUCACAUAUUCGGGAACAUGCAGACUUGCAGUUUAGGUUGAUGCUUGGAUUCGGCAUUCUAAAUAUCAUAUUACAGUUUCUGUCGCUAGUCCUUGGUUAUGUAUAUUUCAAACGAUCAGCAGACGGUAAACUGGGUAUUUUCAAAGGUGUCUCAGAACUUUUCAAGAGUAUUUGGUGUGAACUCAGGAGGAUAAGAAUGCUAAGAAUGUUAAAGUUCUAUAUCCAAAGAUUUACUAAAGUAGUUUGGCAAAAGAUUGAAGGAAAAUUACAAAAUUACACAAUUAUACAGAGGAUAUUCUUAAGUUUACAGAUAUUGAUUUUGAUUUUAAAUUUCCUCUUUUGGAUUGGACUUUUCCGAAUGGCACUAUAUCCGGGAUAUCUGCCGACCAGUGGCCUUAUGCGUAACACAUCUAAUGUUAAACUUUCCUUUGGCUUUGGGAAUAUUGGGACAACUGUAUUUGGAAUAAUAUAUUCGUUAAUAGCAGUUGUUCCUACAACUAGUUUUUAUCAAUUGCUGGGAGUGAUAAGUUUGAUAGCACAUAAAAGAGAUCUAUUUAAGAUGUUUACAGUUUCUGUCGUUGGCCUUAGCAUCGGAGAUUUAAUAUACCUUGUUUUUUCUUCUGAAGUUCUUCAUUUUGGUUAUUGUUAUUGUAAGAAUAGUUCUGCAUGUGAAAGCUAUAAUAUGACUGCAGUCGGACCGGUAAAAGAGACCUGCAGAUCGUUAUUUCUUGAACCAGCGGGUGUGUUAGUGGCUUAUCUGGUAGCCUCAUUCAUUAUACAUGUAAGUUAUGAACGAUUUUAUGCAAGAGUGGGUAUUGUUGUCGAGAAGAGAAAGCUCAAACAUCAACGUUCACAGCAAAACUCAGUAGUUCAUAAAAAUAACAAGUCUGAAGCAGAAAGCCUCUCAAGAAACCCCUCUGAAUUGAAAGAAGAAACGACGGAAGAUGCUAACGAUGAAAAGGCUUUAGUAAUCGUGGAUUCUUCAAAGGAAAAUGCGCAAGACAAAGAGAUAAAUCAUACUGACAAGACGCACACAAUGGAGGAGGAGAAUAGACAUUUUGAAAUUCUAAGAAUGGACGACGAAAUGACUGAAAGAAAGGAACAGUAUUACAACAUGACCGGGGACGUGCAGAAUGUGGACACCGGCCACCGACAGCGUGAACAUGCGGAACAUCAAAUAAUGAACACUAAUGAGAGAAAUGACAGAGAUGACCAAAAUGAAACAAUUGAGAAAAAUGAAAAAUCAGGAGAAGCAGGUGGAGAAACAGCCAGUAUAAAUGAUACAGAAGGAGAUGAAAAGAAGAAAAAGAAGGGAAGAAAAAAUAAAGACAAGAAACGAAGAGAACAAAAUGGGGAGGAACAUGAUAUGGAGCAAACCAAUGAACUGGAUUCUGCUACACAAAGACAAGAGGAUGAAGACAAAACUGAUGAAUUGAAAAUUGAAGAUAUGUCGGAUUCUGGUGCCGAAACUAGUUGGCAAGAUUCCGGGAACACAACGAUAGAGCAACAAUAAGCCUACGAACUUCUUAUCGCGUGUAACUCAUUGCUUCUUUUGCACCUUAUAUUACAGUCUUGGGUAUUCAACGAUGAAUCUUAAAAUGAUUUAUAAGAUUGCAA